GCUUGUCGGGAAGGCGGCGGGCUGAUCCGGCCCUCGGUGGCGGAGGGCGCCAUGGUGGGUGGGGAGGCGGCCGCCGCGGUGGAGGAGCUGGUUUCGGGAGUGCGGCAGGCGACCGAUUUUGCGGAGCAGUUCCGCUCUUACUCGGAGAGCGAGAAGCAAUGGAAGGCUCGCAUGGAAUUCAUCCUGCGCCACCUGCCCGACUACCGCGACCCGCCCGACGGUGGCGGCCGCCUGGACCAGCUGCUGUCCCUCUCCAUGGUCUGGGCCAACCACCUCUUUCUGGGUUGCAGUUACAACAAAGACCUUUUAGACAAGGUGAUGGAAAUGGCUGAUGGAAUUGAAGUGGAAGACCUGCCACAGUUUACUACCAGAAGUGAAUUAAUGAAAAAGCAUCAAAGCUAAGGGCAGAAGAUUCAUCCCAUUUUCCUCACCAGUCACAGCUUGGAAAGGAGGCUAGGAUUAAUGUGACACUGACCGCAGCAGCUCUCUUAAGACUCUUGGUAUCAUCAUAUAGCAAAGAGGCAACUGGAAUGAAAGGGAAUCUUGUCUAGGUGGCAUUUUAAAAGUUCUCAAUCUUCUAAUAGCUAUCACUGUAAAAGUAUGCAUGGAUGGAUAUUUAUGUAUUUAUAAAUCAUGCCCUCUUUUUUAUUUUCAGUUUUUGAAUGUUGGUCAGAAUAUUAAAAAUGCCUGUUUUUUUUUGUUUGUUUGUUUGUUUUGUUUUUAAUGUUGCUGUAAUAAUGGCAGGUAAUGAAUUUUACACUUCGGAUUUUUCAAUAAU